AUGCCCAUGAAUCAAGAAAAGGGUACUCUUGCUGCACACCAGAGGAUCCACACUGGAGAGAAACCUUAUGAAUGUACAGAAUGUGGAAAGGCUUUCAUACAGAGGAGCUCUUUUGCAGCACAUUGGAGAACCCACACUGGAGAGGAACCUUAUGAAUGUAAACAGUGUGGAAAGGCUUUUACUUGUAAGUUCUCUCUCACUGAACAUCAGAGAAUCCACACUAGGGAGAAUCCUUAUGAAUGUAAGCAGUGUGGAAAGGCUUUUACACUGAGGAGCUCUCUCGCUGCACAUCUGAGAAUCCACACUGGAGAGAAACCUUAUAAAUGGCAACACUGUGGAAAGGCUUUUACAAUGAGGGGCUCUCUCGCUGCACAUAAGAGAAUCCACAAUGAAGAGAAACCUUAUGAAUGUCAAUACUGUGGGAAGGCUUUUACAGUGAGGGGUCGUCUUGUUGCACAUCAGAGAAUCCAUUCUGGAGAGAAACCUUAUGAAUGUACAGAAUGUGGAAAGGUUUUUACUGUUAGGAGCUAUCUCACUGCACAUCAGAGAAUUCACACUGGAGAGAAACCAUAUGAAUGUAAACAGUGUGGAAAGGCUUUUGCCUGGGGGGACUCUCUUGCUGCGCAUGAGAGAAUCCACACUGGAGAGAAACCUUAUAAAUGUAAACAAUGUGGAAAGGCUUUUACACAGAGGAGCCAACUUGCUGCCCAUCAAAGAAUCCACACUGGAGAGAAACCUUAUGAAUGUACAGAAUGUGGAAAGGCUUUUACAUUGAGAAGCUCUCUUGCUGCACAUCAGAGAAUCCACACGGGAGAGAAACCUUAUGAAUGUAAACACUGCGGAAAGACUUUCACACAGAGGGAUUCCCUUGCUGCACAUAAGAGAAUCCACACUGGAGAGAAACCUUAUGAAUGUCAACACUGUGGAAAGGCUUUUAGAGUGAAGGGUGGUCUUGUUGCACACCAGAGAAUUCACACUCGUGAGAAACCUUAUGAAUGUAUACAGUGUGGAAAGGCUUUUGCAGCCAGGAGCCAUCUCACUACACAUCAGAGAAUCCACACUGGAGAGAAACCAUAUGAAUGUAAACAGUGUGGAAAGGCUUUCACAGAGAGACGCUCCCUUGCUGCACAUCAGAGAAUCCAUACAGGAGAGAAUCCAUAUGAAUGUAAACAGUGUGGAAAGGCUUUCAUAUACAAGAAGACACUUGUUGCACAUCAGAGAAUCCACACUGGAGAAAAACCUUAUGAAUGUACAGAAUGUGGAAAGGCUUUUACAGUGAGGGGCUCUCUUGCUGCACAUCAGAGAAUCCACACUGGAGAGAAACCUUAUGAAUGUAAACAGUGUGGAAAGACUUUCACAUGGAGGGAUUCUUUUGCUGAACAUCAGAGCAUCCACACUGGAGAGAAACCUUAUGAAUGUAAACACUGUGGAAAGGCUUUUAGACUGAAGGGCAGUCUUGUUGCACAUCAGAGAAUCCACACUGGAGAGAAACCUUUUCAAUGUAAACACUGUGAUAAGGCUUUCACCUGGAGGGACUCUCUUGCUACACAUCAGAGAAUCCACACUGGAGAGAAACCUUUUGAAUGUAAACACUGUGGUAAGGCUUUCACAUGGAGAGGCCAUCUAGCUAAACAUCAAAGCAUCCACACUGGAGAGUAG